GGGGCGGAGAACAGUCGACGGUUGUACUACAGCAUAGUACUGCAAACAGCUGUGGAAGCGUCUUCUGCUUUGUACACACGUUUCGCUGAUCUGGUCAAUGGAUUACACAGUUUCCCUACAAGUGCAACAUCAAUUGACGGUGUUCCCGACACACUUGUACCAGGGUUACAGUUUGGAGUUACAGAUGAAGUCUACAGAAGUGGACCAAGGGCUUUUCACAGACACCUACUGUAAAGUGUGCAGCGCCCAGCUCAUCUCCGAGUCCCAGAGGGUUGCCCACUAUGAGAGUCGGAAACAUGCCAAUAAAGUGCGGCUGUAUUACAUGCUACAUCCCGUGGAUGGAGGCUGCCCAGCAAAGAAACUCAGAACAGACAAUGGCAGUGAGGAGGGAGACGUGGACAAGAACAAGUGUUGCACACUGUGUAACAUGUCCUUCACCUCAGCAGUGGUGGCACAGUCACAUUACCAAGGCAAAAUCCACGCCAAGAGACUAAAGCUGCUGCUGGGGGAGCAGCCUGCCAUCACAGCAAAAGAGGCUCCGCCCAGUCCCGUGAAAAGCUCCCCAGAAACGACCCCAUUGACCUCUCCUCGGCAGCGCAGGGACUCGGACCGCUAUUGCCAGCUAUGCAACGCCUGGUUCAACAAUCCGGGCAUGGCACAGCAGCACUAUGACGGCAAGAAGCACAAGAAAAACGCAGCCCGUGCAGACCUCCUGGAACAGCUGGGCAAGACCCUGGACAUGGGAGAGAUGAAAGGUCUGAAACGUAGCUAUACCUGUGAAGUCUGCAGUGUCACACUCAACUCUGUGGCACAGUACCAUGCACAUCUGCAGGGCUCAAAGCACCAAAACAAGUCCUGGAUGGCAGGAUGCUUAGCCCCAGUGAUGUACUGGGCCGGUCAGAUGCAGAACAGUUGCCAUAUGCAACCAGAUGCUAUCGAUGAUGCAGCUGUAGAACUUUUUGAGGAUCUGGGGACACAUGCAAAAUCUUUUCAGUCUCCUGAGGGGGAAAAGGUGUUGUUGUGCCCUCCACUACAACCCCGUCGAUGAGAAUGGGGUCCUGUUUGGCCUGCGUUUUCCUUAAGACCAUGAUCAUCUCCUUUGUCUUGCUCACAUUGAGGGAGAGGUUGUUGUCCUGGCACCACACUGCCAGGUCUCUGACCUCCUCCCUAUAGGCUGUCUCGUCAUUUUCGGUGAUCAGGCCUACCACUGUUGUGUGGUCAGCAAGUUUAAUGAAGGUGUUGGAGACGUGUUUGGCCACUCAGUAUUGUGUGAACAGGUAGUACAGGAAGGGACUAAGCACGUACCCCUGAGGGGCCCCAGUGUUGAGGAUCAGCGUGGCAGACGUGUUGUUGGCCUCCCUUACCACCUGGGGGUGGCCCGUCAGGAAGUCCAGGAUCCAGUUGCAGAGGGAGGUGUUUAGUCCCAGGGUCCUUCAUUUAUUGAUGAGCUCCAUUGGCACUAUGGUGUUGAAAUCUGAGCUGUAGUCAAUGAACAGCAUUCUCACAUAGGUGUUCCUUUUGUCCAGGUGGGAAAGGGCAGUGUGGAGUGCGAUUGAGAUUGCAUCAUCUGUGGAUCUGUUGGGGUGGUAUGCAAAUUGGAGUUGGUCUAGGGUAUCCGGGAUGAUGCUGUUGAUGUGAGCUUUGACCUGCCUUUCAAAGCACUUCAUGGCUACCGACGUGAGUGCUACGGGUCGGUAAUCAUUUAAGCACAUGGACUAUGGUAGUCUGUUUGAAACGUGUAGGUAUUACAGACUCAGCCAGGGAGAGGUUGAAAAUGUCAGUAAAGACACUUGCCAGUUGGUCCGCACAUGCUUUGAGGAAACAUCCUGAAAUCCGUCUGGCCCCACGGCUUUGUGAAUGUUGACCUGUUUAAAGGUCUUGCUCGGCUACUGAGAGCAUUGUCAUGCAGUCGUCUGGAACAGCUGGUGUUUUCAUGCAUGCUUUGGUGUUGCUUGCCUCGAAGCGAGCAUAACAGGCAUUUAGCUCAUCUGGAAGGCUCGCGUCACUGGGCAGCUCACGGCUUGGUUUCCCUUUGUAGACCAUAAUAGUUUUCAAGCCCUGCCACAUCCGAUGAGUGUCAGAGCAGUUGUAGUAGUAAUUACUUAAAAAUCAUACAAUGUGAUUUUCUGGAUUUUUGUUUCAGAUUCCGUCUCUCACAGUUGAAGUGUACCUAUGAUAAAAAAAAUUACAGACCUCUACAUGCUUUGUAAGUAGGAAAACCUGCAAAAUCGGCAGUGUAUCAAAUACUUGUUCUCCCCACUGUAUUUCAGUUUUUAUUGUCCCGUUGGUCGGAUUGUCUUUAUUGUAUGUCAUCCAUUUUGUUUUCCAAUGAUUGCAUGUUGGCCAAUGGAACGUAUGGUAGUGGAGGUUUACCCACUCGGCUACGAAUUCUCAGAAGGCAGCCUGACCUCUGCUCCCUUUUUCUCUGUCUUUUCUACGUGGAAAUGACAGGGAUUUGGGCCCGUUCCCGAGAAAGCAGUAUAUCCUUUGUGUCUGACUCAUUACAGAACAAAUCUUUGUCCAGUUCGAGGUGAGUAAUCGCUGUUCUGAUGUACAGAAGUUAUUUCCGGUCAUAAGAGAUUGUAGCAGCAACAUCAUGUACAAAAUAAAUAUCACAAAAAAAAUUAACAAAAUAGCACAGUUGGUUAGGAGCCCGUAAAACGGCAGCCAUCCCUUCCGACUUCAUUCUUCCUUUGGUCUGAUGAGUCCGAAUUAGAGAUUUUUGGUUCCCAUCGCCGUGUCUUUGUGAGAUGUAGGUGAAUGUAUGAUCUCUGCAUGUGUGGUUCCCGCUGUGAAGCAUGGAGGAGGAGGUGUGAUGUGUGGGGGUGCUUUGCUGGUGACACUGUCAGUGAUUUAUUUAGAAUUCAAGGCACACUCAACCAGCAUGGCUACCACAGCAUUUUGCAGCGAUACGCCAUCCCAUCUGGUUUGCACUUGUUUGUCCCCCUAUCAUUUGUUUUUCAACAGGACAAUGACCCAACACACCUCCAGGCUGUGUAAGGCUAUUUGACCAAGAAUGAGAGUGAUGGAGUGCUGCAUCAGAUGACCUGGCCUCCACAAUCACCCAACCUCAACCCAAUUGAGAUGGUUUGGGAUGAGUUGGACUGCAAAGGGAAGGAAAAGCAUCCAACAAAUGCUCAGCAUAUGUGGGAACUCCUUCAAGACCGUUGGAAAAGCGUUCCAGCCUGAAGAAUCAGAUAUGUGUCCAGUGAAUCUUGAAGAACAAAACAAACCAUUUGAUUGAUGUCAGACAAGCUGUGUUCAGCUUGCCCCAAUUUUUCUGCCUCUGCCCUGCUUUCUCUCUCUACCACACAAACACACACAUACACACACACACACACACACACACACACACACACACACACUCUAUCUUUGUCUCUCUCCGUUGCCCUGCUAGCAUACAAUAGGAGAGCAAGUUUUUUUUUAUGCCUCAGCUCCACAGCAUCUGUCUCACCUGUCAACUUAAGGCUUCUGCAGAACUCUUGUCGUUUUGGCCAUGUGAUAAUCAACAUUCCACAGAUUCUGCAUUUCACACCAACAGAUUCUCAGUACUUUUAAAGACGAUGGUCGACGAGAAUAAAUGUGGAUCCAGCAAAGGGGCAGUCCCCUCAAUGCAUGAAGAAAUGAACGACCUGCAACUUCAUGCUAACUAUGCUUUUGCUUUAGUUGUAAGUGGUUAGAGAGAGGAAGACUCUCAAUGGCAUUUUGGCUUGAGUAAUAAAGUGUUUUUUGUAAUUUAUUUACCUGAAAUAGAAUAUGUAUAAGAGAACUGAUAUAUAAGUAGUGUAUUGUUUUUUAAAUCUUAUUUAUGAGUCAUUUAUUUUAUUUUUUAAAUGUAUUUUGCCCUCAGACUGUUUUUUUCCCUUUAGAAUAAUGUAUAAUAAUAUAAUAAUGUGUGGGUCUAUGCUAUAUAUUCCCAUCUAAUCUCACAGUAACAUAAUAUCCCUGGUGGACAAGUUGGCAAUAAUAAUGACAGUUUGUACAAUGUCAUUGAACAUAAUGGCAUGGUGCACAAGUUGCUUUAUAUAUAAUACAGUAAAAGGUUUUCAUAAUGUUUACAAUUUGAAUCUGAACUGAUUUAUCUGCAGCUCUAGUAGUCCUAAAUAGGGGAUCUACAGGUAACUGCCAAAAUAAAGGAAACACAAUAAGGUAUAUUGAAAGCAGGUGUAUUGAAAGCAGAUGCUUCCAAACAGAUGUGGUUCAUUGGUUAAUUAAGCAAUUAAAAUCCCGUCAUGCUUAGGGUCAUAAUAUAAAAUGCCUAGUUGCCCAUUAUUUUGGACUAAUUAACCCAGGAACCACAGUGACUUUGAAAGAGGGGUCUCAAAGGAGCAUAGGGGGUUUAAAGGUGCGUGUGUCAGUCACCAGAUCUCAUCCCAAUUGAACACGUAUGGGAGAUGAUGGAAUUUCUCAUGGAGUUGUAGAAUCUAUGCCAAGGCACAUUAAAGCUGUUCUGGCAGCUCGUGGUGGCCCAACACCCCAUUAAAACACUAUGUUGGCGUUUCCUUUAUUUUGGCAGUUACCUGUACGUUGUCAGUGUUCCAGGUAUAAACAUGUGUUCUCUGUUCCUCCAUGCGGUUUGAGGUUCAAAUGUGGUCUUCGUCUCAGGGAGGUCCCAUUGAUUACUAUUGUCCAGAUGUAUGAUUCAGAUUCAUGAUUCAACAAAACUGUUCAAAAAAUGUGUUCACUGAAUUCAUUCCAAUAGAGCCUUUUAGAAUGUGUUAGUAUUACAUCCAAUUACAGUCGAUUUGAAUCAAACCAUGUUAUUCUGUAAUGGUGUAAAACAUUGCUGUUAUGAUGAUGAUGAUGUCUUAUUCAGAAAUUGAGAGUAUUUAAAAAGCAAUCCAACUUUAAUAUACAACCUUAUCUCAACCUUCUGUAGCAACUCUUUCAUUCUAAUAGUUAUAAGAACAUUAAAGCUAUGUUAUGACAGUGGUUGGUGUUGCCAUACAUUUUACUUAACCAGAGUUUGGUGGUUAAAGAGAACUACUAAGCAGGUGUUCUAGUUUGAAUUUCUAUUUGUUCUUACUGUUGUAGAUGAAGCAGUUUAUUUGUCAUUGGGAAAGCAGAUGUAUCUGUAUACAGACAUAAGAGUUACUUAUUAUCCUGCCAGUACAGUGCAGUCAGUGUCUGUCGACAGCAAAAACGUGUUUGAUCAAUAGCCUUGAUAAAUGUGUUAAAAGGGAUUUUUGUGUGCUAAUUUAUAAAUAACUGAUCUGUUUGUUUUGAAAUGAGCAAUGUCUGGAAUUGUUAAACCAAUUGAAACCAACCCUUCUCCUACCUUUUUAAUUUGUUUUAGAAGACUUCAGCCAUUUUGGAUUUACUGCUUACACAUAAAAAAAACACACCUAAGCAUUUUCAUGCGUCUUAGAGAGAUGGAGUGAGAAAUUCUAAAACAUACGACAAAUCUUCCUGAACUGAACACCAACUGAAGCUGGCUCAACUCAGAGCCAUCCGCCUUGUGAGAUGCCACAGGCAACAACAAAAAAAUACAAUAAUGUAUAAAGUGUUUUUAAUAUUACAAACAACUUAAGAUGUGCAUGAAUGAUUUACUAAUUAAUGAAACUAUCCUUCUCAGAUCCACUGAAUUUCUUUGCUCAGACCAAGUCAUAACGUUGCAUUCUGCCCAACUUUGCAUUGGAUCUGGUGUCUCUCCCUCGAUCUCCAGAGGAACUCCAUGUCUCAUACACCCCUACUCCCUUUGUGCUCUCUCUAGGUUAUGUACUCUACGGUGUCUGAAAAACAAUAAAAGACACUUGCAACUAUACUAUA